GAGAGAGAGAGAGAGGAAAGAGAGACCAUUUAUCCUCUGACUGUUUUUUUAACAUUCGAGAGAGAGAGAGAGAGAGAGAGAGAGAGAGAGUUCAACUCUUUGACUCGGCCAUGCCGGCAAAGAGUGUUGUCUAUCGAUAUUUAUAUCUGAAAGCGCGUUGAUGCAUACGAGCAAGUAAAAGUGUUCAAUUUUGACUCUCAUCCACGGAAAAUAGUUGCACGAAUUCUUUGAUUUUGGAGAGCACAUCAAAACCCUAAUUUUGGGUUUUCAUUCAAAUCAGGUCUAAAGGUAUCAUCAGUUUUGUACUAUAUCAAGCGCCGGAUUGAAUUUCGUUUUGUAUGAUGUUGGUCGGUAAUGAUUAUGCUUAACCGACGCACAUCCACAGAAGUGAAAUCGUUGUUUUUUGAUUAGCUUGAUUGGGUUUUUCUAUAGCUGUGAUUGGCACUUAGUUUUGGGGAUUUAAUGGGUGGGAUUUGUGGUAAGCCUGCUGCCAUCGAUGAUGGCAGAGGGAGUUCGAGUUCAAGGGAGAGAGUACCGAGUAAAGCUUCAUCAGAAUCGCGCGGAUCGCGGUCUAAAAGGGUAGAAAGUUUUAGGGUGAAGAAUAGAGGUGAGGUAAGAACUGGAUCCAUCGACAAGAGAUUGAAUUCUUCACGACGUGUUCGUGAUGAUCAUUACGAGAAGAAGAGAGACGUGUCAGAAGUGUUUAUUGCUAAUAUUCCGGGUAUAGGGACUAUUCCAAAAGCUAUAGAAGGUGAACAAGUCGUGGCAGGUUGGCCUUCUUGGCUUGCUGCUGUAGCUGGUGAAGCCAUCAAUGGAUGGUUACCUCGCCGAGCAGAUACAUUCGAGAAACUUGAAAAGAUUGGUCAAGGAACUUAUAGCAGUGUCUACAAGGCUCGUGAUCUCACUAACAAUAAAGUUGUUGCUUUAAAAAGAGUGCGUUUUGAUAACAUGGAUCCUGAAAGUGUGAAGUUUAUGGCGAGAGAGAUUCUUAUCUUGCGAAGGCUUGAUCAUCCCAAUAUAAUCAAGCUUGAAGGAAUGGUCACUUCACGCACUUCAUGUAGCUUAUACCUGGUUUUUGAGUAUAUGGAACAUGAUCUUACUGGACUUGCAUCUUUACCUGGGGCUAAGUUCACAGAACCACAGGUUAAAUGCUACAUGCAACAACUGCUAAGUGGACUUGAGCAUUGCCAUAGUCGUGGUGUUUUACACCGUGACAUAAAAGGGUCAAAUCUUUUGAUAGACAAUCAUGGAAUCUUGAAGAUUGCAGAUUUUGGUUUAGCAAGUUUUUUUGAUCAUCGGGAAAAUGUGCCAUUAACUAGCCGAGUUGUGACUCUUUGGUAUCGACCACCUGAACUUCUUCUUGGAGCAACUCAUUAUGGAGUUGCAGUGGACUUGUGGAGCACAGGAUGCAUUCUUGGAGAGUUAUAUGCUGGAAAACCUAUCAUGCCUGGUCGAACAGAGGUGGAGCAAUUGCAUAAAAUAUUCAAACUUUGUGGUUCACCAUCUGAGGAUUAUUGGAGAAAAUCAAAAUUACGUCAUUCAGCAGUGUUUAAACCUACACAACCUUACAGAUGUCGAAUUGAAGAAACUUUUAAAGAUGUUCCUCCUGUUGCUAUCAGUCUUAUGGAGAUGUUACUUGCAAUAGAUCCUUCACAAAGAGGAACAGCAUUAUUUGCUCUUAAGAGUGAGUUCUUUACAACAAAACCACAUGCUUGUGAUCCUUCAAGUUUGCCAAAAUAUCCUCCCAGCAAAGAAAUUGAUGCAAAACUGAGGGAGGAAGAAGCUAGAAGACAAAGAGCGGAAUAUAAGGGCCAAAAGGUGGAAAAGGAAAGCCGAGGACCGAAAGACCCUCGGGCAGUUCCAGCUCCUGAUGCCAAUGCUGAGUUAGCUGCAUCGAUGCAGAGAAGGCAAGACCGAGCAAACUCAAAGAGCAGAAGCGAGUACUUCUCCCGUAACAAAGACGACACGGCUUCCGGUUUCCCAAUCGAAAACCCUAGACUUUCCCAUUACUCGAAAGAUUCAAUCAGCGAUUCCAAACCACACCCACCAAUGCGGGAAUCCUAUUCCGGCCCGUUGGUUGCGGAUUCAUGGACAAAAUCAGGAAAGAAAUACGACGACGUCUCAAUCACGAGCCGAGCUGAUUUAUCUUCGCUCUCGGGUUUAGUGAGCUCGCGGAUAUUAUCAGCUGAAGAUCGUGAAAAACGUGUGUCUAAUUCUAAUUCUAAUUGUAAUUCUUCACAAUUAGAUCCAACAAAUCAAAUGGGAAGACUAUCGGAGUUCACCCAAGAAUUUGGACACUCCGGAAAGCAUGAUCGGAAAGACCUUUCCCGGAGAUACAUGGAAAGUGGAAGAUCUAGUACUAAGGAACCUGCUCAGAAUGGUCAUGGAUACAAGGGAAACAACAAGAUCCAUUUCUCGGGUCCAUUGGGUUCAUCAAAUGCAAAUGUGGACCAGAUGCUGAAAGAUCAUGAUCGACAUAUUCAAGAAGCUGCAAGAAGAGCGCGCCUUGAUAGGACAAGGCUCUCCAAAGAUAAAGCAGAUGCAACACAAAUGAUGGCAAACCCUAUUUAUAUGUCUAGCCGCAGACCCAGGUAAUAAUAGAUAAAAAUCUAGAGAGAGAGCGAGAGGGAGUCAACCGCUCUCCUAUGUCAUCGGAUAACUGUGUACAUAGUAAUUAUAGUAAUUAUUUGUUGUCGGUAAUUUUGGAAUUUAUUAGGAUGUUGUAUUGGAAUAUAAUAUAUAGGGGAAUUUUAUGGCGUAAA